UAUGGAUUGGAAAAUCUUUCAGAUCAUAAAUAGAACAUAAAAUAUUGAAGUCGUUGAAAUAGAUUUAUUUACUUUUCCCUUACUUUUUUGAGAAAAGAGCCAAUGAACACGAAGAGAAUUUAGCUACAUUUUAUACAUCCUCUUUGUCGCCUCCUGCCUGUGUUGACAAAUAAAAAAAGAUCAAAAUGCGUAAACGCGAUUUAGAAAGCUUGACCUUUGAAGAUUUUGAUGACAAAUACGUGCGCCAUGCAUUCAUCUCGAAGGUGUUCGCUAUUCUAUCGGCACAACUCGUUUUGACACUUGGAGUCGUCAGUAUUUUCAUCUUCGUUGAUGCGGUACAAAAUUUUGUAAUCGAACGUCCUUGGCUUAUAUGGGUGGCCUUUGGUUGUGUCUUUAUUACAAUGAUACCGAUCGCCUGCUGUGAAGGAGUCCGCCGCAGUUAUCCCACAAACUUUAUACUUCUGAUAUUAUUUACAUUAGCGGAAUCGGUUUUGGUAGGUUGUGUUGCCAUCAAUUACUCACCCGAUACGGUUCUAUAUGCCGUUGGCAUAACGACGCUCGUUGUCCUUGUGCUCACUCUUUUCGCCUUGCAAACAGCAAUCGACUUUACCGCUUGUUGGGCCAUACUUUUGGUUGCUUUGAUCGUUUUGCUUAUAAUCGGAAUAGUAGCCAUGUUCUUUCCAUCACGUACCUUACUAAUAGUUUACUGUUCUCUUGGAAUUCUCGUCUUUUCCUUCUACCUAAUAUAUGACAUACAAUUGAUGAUUGGCGGCAACCAUAAAUACGCAAUUAGUCCAGAGGACUAUAUUUUUGCAGCGCUAAGUAUUUAUAUGGAUGUUAUCAAUCUGUUCCUCUACAUUCUUAACUUAUUGGGCAUCUUAGAAAAUUAAAUUAAAGGGAAGUAAUAUAUACGCGUUUGGCGGAGACCCGAACAGUAGUCGAUGUAUACUAUACUCGUACAUAUUUUUGAUCGUACAUUUGUAUAUUUUUAGCUUUGAAUAUUUUAAUAUUUUGCUUUACUGUUUUCAU